AUGAUCUCCGAGAAGACUGACGAUCAGGUCCGGCCUUCGUAUGGCGGGGCCUACGCGGACGAUGAUAUCCCCGCGUUGAAAGGGGAGCAGCUGAACGUGGGUGGCCGCGGUGCUACGCAGCGACGCCUGAAGAAUUACCAGGUCAACAUGAUCGGGUUCUGCGGCGGCAUUGGCACAGGUUUGUUCGUGGGAACGGGCGCUGCCUAUGCCACCGCGGGUCCGGCUGGCCUGCUGCUGGCGUAUCUGGUGGUGGGAUUGGUGUUGUGGUGUGUGAUGCAGAGCAUCGCCGAGUUGGCUACGUUGCUGCCCACCGCGGGCUCGUUCCCCCACUGGGCCACUCGGUUUAUUGACCCAGCUGUCGGCUUCUCCCUGGCUAUCUCCUAUGGGUACUGUUAUACGAUCGCCAUCGCCUCGGAAGUGUCGGCUGCCGCCGUCAUCGUGUCCUUCUGGACGGACAUCACGCCCGCCGUGGUCAUCACCGUCGGCUUGGUCUUGAUUCUAGCUAUUAACCUCAUGAGCGUGCGCUUCUACGGCGAGACCGAGGUCGUUGCAGGUGCUAUCAAGGUGCUUUGUUUCCUUGGUCUGGUGAUCGUGUCCAUCGUCAUCACCUCCGGCGGCGGUCCCAACCACGAGAGCAUCGGGUUCCGCUACUGGCACAACCCGGGACCCUGGACGAACUACAACGGCAUCACGGGCCCCAAGGGUCACUUCCUCGGCUUCCUCUCGUCGUUUGUAAACGCCUCGUUCAGUUUCGUCGGUGUCGAGACGGUUGUCAUCACCGCCGCGGAAUCCGUCGACCCGCACUAUGCCAUUCCCAAGGCCGCGCGCCGCGUCACUUUCCGUAUCGCGUUCUUCUACGUCCUGGGCGCGCUGCUGAUCGGCCUCAUCGUGGAUCCCCGCAACCAGUCACUCGUUUCGGGCUCCGACAACGCCAACAGUGCUCCCUGGGUUAUUGCCAUCCGACAGGCGGGCAUCAGCGCCUUGCCGUCCAUCGUCAACGCCUGCAUUCUUGUCUCAGCCUGGUCCGCCGGUAAUUCGUACUGUUGGGUCGGUUCGCGUAUGAUCCUCGCCAUGACUACGGAUCGUCAGCUCCCACAAGUGUUUGGCCGGGUCACCAAGAAUGGCGUACCCUAUGUGGCCGUCAUCGCAUCCUGGCUGUUCGGGCCCUUGGCAUAUCUAAGUAAGUAG